AUGCUACUGAAAUCGCCCCGCCAGGAAAACCGCCGUACAAAUGGACCCCGAAACCCUCGCCGGAGAUCUCGUCACAGCCCCAUUUACCGAAGAGGAGAAGAAGGAGCGGGCGCUCAUGUUUCAUCGCUGUUCCGGCGAAGAAGAGAGAACACAGCUUCAAAAGAUGAGAAACAUCAAUUGAAGCUAGAUGUUAAGGUUCUGGUGGUGGUGGUUGUGACGGCGAUGACGGCGGAAGGAAGAGAUCAUCACAAUAUGCAAUGGGUUUGUUUGCUUCCACUUCCCAGAGUGACGGUCGGAGAAAUCAUCGGCUCCGCAGCCGUUCAGAGAGUCAGGGGAGAAAAGGGGAACCCUUUCCGCUUUCUCAGAGAGCAAAGCCUCAUUCUUUGA